AUGAACUGUAACGAACAUGAAAGUACAAAGUUGAAUUAUUUAAAUUCAUUAGAAAAAAGUAGAGACGUUAAAACCGAUAUCUCUGAUAAACCGAAAUAUUUUAUUACUUUUCCAUAUCCAUAUAUGAAUGGAAAACUACAUCUUGGUCAUUUAUAUUCGAUAUCAAAAGCAGAUUUUAUGUCAUAUUAUAAGGAGUUACAAGGAUUUAAUGUUUUAUUUCCUUUGGCUUUUCAUUGCACAGGUAUGCCUAUUGCUGCGUUAGCAAAAAAAUUGGGAGAAGAACUUGAAGGUAAAAAAACUGAUAUUUCUACAAAGGAAAUCAUACAAAAUUUAGGAUUUAAUGAUGUAAUGCCUUUUACUGAUCCUGUUCACUGGAUAAAAACAUUUCCUAAGCUGUGCAUUAGUUCAUUGAAAACUUUUGGUGCUAAUAUUGACUGGAGAAGAUCUUUCGUUACGACAGAUAUUAAUAAAUAUUACGAUUCAUUUGUAAGAUGGCAGUUUUUUAACUUAAAAGAGUUAGGGUACUUAUCAUUUGGCAAGAGGCAUUCAAUUUAUUGUCCAUUAGACAAACAGAUGUGUUUAGAUCAUGAUCGAAGAAAGGGAGAAAAUAUAAAACCAGUGCGUCAAAUUAUGUUUAAAUUUCAUUUGCAUGACAAAAUAUUACUAGUUAGACAAAAUUCUAUUGGAAAACCAUAUAAGCUUGUAUGUGGUAAAAGUUUGGAAGUUGUUUCUUUUAAAUACAAUAAUACUAGUUUUCUUGCCGAGAAAAUAAUUUUCGAUAAUUUAAAAUAUCAGAUAAAUAAUGUUAAAUACAAGGAAAGUUUAGUUUUGUCAAUGGAUUUAAAAGAUGGAUUGACGUAUGACGGUACUAAUAUUGAAGUAGAAGUAAUAGAAAAGAAUAUUUUAGUUGUUAAAACUGAUACUAAGUCAGAUGUGGAAUUAUAUGAAAAAGAAAUAAAAGCGUUAAACGAAAUUGAAGAAACUUUAUUUACACUAUCUACAAGCUCUGAAGGUAUUGUUGAAUCUGUUGCAAAAUUGUCAGUUGAAAAUACAAAAGACUUACUUGUACAAACAAAACACUUUAUUAGUGUAUACAUUCCUGAAAAAGAGGUAAUUAGUAGGUCUGGUGGUAUUUGCGUCGUGUCUCUUCUUGAUCAAUGGUACAUUGAUUACAGCAAUGAAAAAUGGAAAAGCAAGGUUAAAAAAUGUCUUGAUAAUCUAGAAUGUGGACCUGACACCCGAUCAAUGCUAUAUGCUGGAAUAGAUUGGGUGAAUAAAUGGGGGUUUUCUCGGAGUUUUGGUCUUGGAACUAAAAUACCUUGGGAUACACAAUAUUUAAUUGAUAGUUUAAGUGAUAGUACAAUUUACAUGGCAUUUUAUACUGUAAAACAUUUAUUAUUUGAAGAUUUGGAAGGAAAACUUGAAAUAUUUCCAAGCAAUAAGCUUUCUAAUGAUGUGUGGGAUUACAUUUUUGCUGGGAAGGAUCUUGUUCCCGAACUUUAUGGCUAUUUAGAUCUUUUGGAAAAGUGUCGAAACAAUUUUCAAUAUUUUUAUCCUGUGGAUUUAAGAGUCAGCGGUAAAGAUCUUAUAAAAAAUCAUUUACUGUUUUUUAUGUUUAACCAUGUAGCGCUAUUUGAUGAAAAAUAUUGGCCAAAGCGUAUUUUUACUAAUGGACACUUGAUGUUAAACAAAGAAAAAAUGUCUAAAAGUACAGGAAAUUUUUUGUCUGUAGAUGAUGCUUUAUUGAAAUACGGAAAAUCAGCCACUAGAAUGUGCUUGGCGGUCUGUGGUGAUACUAAUGAUGAUGCCAAUUUUGUCGAGGAUAAUGCUAAUUUAUUUAUACUUAAAAUUUAUACCUUUGUUAAAGAGAUACAAAAGCUUAAUGAAUUAGUUAGAAAAAAAUCUGAAAAUGAAACCAUUGCGUCGUACAGCAAUGCUGAUGUUUUACUUUUAGAAACAGUAUCUGUAAAUGUUACUGAAGCUUUAAAUGCUUAUAAUAGUAUGAAAUAUUCUGAUGUUGUUAAAUUUUCAUUUUUUGAGAUGGUAAAUUUAAUUAAUUUGUACAAUAAUAUUAAUGGUACGAAUAUUUUGUUAAAAAAUCUUGUUUACAAAUCGGCGACACAAUUAUUGUAUCCUAUUAUGCCUGAUCUAUGCAGAACUUUGAUUGAAAAAUAUUUUGACUCGGAAUUUAAUUUACCUGAACCUAAAUUAAAAACCAAUAAAAUGAUUUCUGCUUUCGAAUAUAUUAGCGAGCUGAUUAAAAAGAUUGCGGCAAGUAAACAAGCUAAAAACAACUCUUGUGUAAAGAUCGCUGUUGGUAAAAACUAUCCUGAAUGGAAAAAAGAGAUUUUUGAACUUAUUGAUAAAAUAGAUUGUCCUAGAAAUAAUGAAAUUAAGAAGAAUAAAGUUUUUAUCGCAUCUUUGUUAGAUAGUGUCAAACCUAUUUUACAAAAAAGUAAGAUUAAUAUAACUAAAGGAAAUAAUUUUGUAAUGGAUUAUCUUGUAAAUCCUGACAAGUUUGUUAUGAAAUUUAAUGAAUAUGAAAUAAUUAAUGAAUUUAAGUUUUACAUUGAAAAUAUGUCUAAUAAAAAGGCAAUAUUAGAGGAACAUUGCGAUGCAGAGCCUUUGAAUCCAAUAAUUACUUUUUCUAAAUAA